AUGGCUCCACUUCGGCCAGAAAAGUCGAAAUCAAACAUUCCUCCCAACCCCCCGUCAUAUGAAGACUUGGCAUCUGCAAAAGCUAUCGAUACAACUGCCCAAAGACCUGAGCUAGCGUCAAGAAUUCCUUCUUUCCAAGGACUCCUCAAUGUGCUGCCGCUAAACUCUGGCUCGGGCACUCCCAAGAAGAAAAAUGUGCCGUACCGACCUUCAAAAGAGCUUCAAAAGCAUAUCAAUAAGUUGGGUUCCCCCUCGGCCGAAUCUAUCACCAGUGUGACUUCCGGCACUAAAACCGAAUAUUUCGAUGUUCUUCCGUCGUUUCACAUGUUCCAGUCCAUCUUGAAAAGAAACGACUUCGAGUUUGACGAGACUUCCUUGGGCUGUCCUCCAGUUUAUGGCGACACUACACAUUCUUCGCCUACUCCUCCAGCGUUAUCUCCAGUGGGGACGUCAACAAAUCUCAAUCAGAUUCUUCUGUCGGAUUCAGACACAGUACGUGAUUUUGCCCCGGAAGAUGACGAAUACGAGGAUGCGAAUGAAGGACAGUAUUUGUUUACGGAUAAUGAAGAGGAAGAUGGUUUACAGAGUAGGGCCCGAUCUGCGGAACGGGCAUCAUUGAACAAUGCGGCGGACAGGUCCCGCAGUCAUAGCAGGAACCCAUUGAACGGAGUCAUCAACCACGAAAGCUAUGGCCACUCUGUUCUCGACAACAUUGACAUGCUUCCGCAUGCCAAAACUUCACCGUUGUCGAUUGAUAUCUAUGUUACGAAAAACGUACCAGUGCCUAAUGCAACUAACGAGCUCGAAAUCAAGCUCAAAGAAUAUUCAUGUGGAGAUAGGGUCAACGGUUACGUGGUGAUUACGAAUCAUCUGGAUAAAGACGUAGAUUUCGGUCUUUUUACUGUGAGUUUGGAAGGAACCGUGAAAGCCGUUGAUUCGAAUUCCAAUUCCAAGACAGCACCAAAGAAAAGCAAGGUUCUCCUCAAGAAAUUCCUAAAAAUGUAUGAUUUGAGUGCCAGUUACAACGAUGCGGUUAUUCCGAGCAGCGCAGGAAUCGAGUAUGCGCCUUACUCUGUUGAUACUGUUGAUGGAUGUAUCAUGGGCUUGCCUGACAGCAGAAUAUUGAAGUGUAACACCAAAUAUAAGAAAUUCAUCACGUUCAAAUUUCCUGAAAUGCUUUUGGAUAAUGCUUGUCCCCAUACUGUUAUGAGGCAUACCAUGCCACCUCCUUCUUUCGGCAUCGAUGGCUUGGCCUUCAAUGGAAAAGCAGGUCUUGUUGAAGUGAACAAAGCUCUUGGAUACGGGUUUCUCAAUGUCAGGGGAGGGCCUGUGAAGGUUCGUGAUUAUGCUUUUGAUGACCUCAGUGUGUCAUACACGAUCGAAGCUAAGUUCAUUGAUAAGCGGCAUGAACCGAAUCAAAACAAACCAGUCUUCCCGCAUGAUAUCAAUGACCCUAACAACGACUCCAAGUAUAUUAUUUCGAAAAGUGCGCAGUAUUUUUUGAGAUUUAUCCCCGAUAUAAGAACUCAAACGGAAAAUUACAGUCGAACUUACAAAUUGUUCGGUCAAGAUACGUUUGAAUCCAUUGGUAUUGACGGCAUGCUUUACAAUAAUUUAACACUGGGAUCUACAUGGAAGUUCAUCAGGCAUAUGAAUCUCUCGAUCCUCCUGGAAAUCGAAACUGCGCUCGACAAAUUAGAGUUCUCUAAUGAUGAAUUGAAGAGAAAGCACUUGCGCAUUGGCGAAUCUGCACCUUUAGCAUUGGAAGAGGAAUCAUUGAUACGGCCGACUCAACUGAAGUUGCAAGUUCAGAAUCCAGAUAGUGAUCGACUUCAAUACUAUCAUGAACGAAGAAUGAUUUGUAAUCGUGUUCCAGUGGAAAUCUAUGGCAAGAGAAAAAAGAGGCUUUUGCUGACGUCAGUUAAAACCGGAUUUAUGACUGUCUAUGUCAAAGUUCCAAGUAAGUUAAUCUCCUAUACUUCUCCUCGUUUGUUACAGAAGUAUAACAAUGGAUCGGAAAUGUCCUUAACCCCUGUCACCUCCAAAGAAGGUUUCAUUCCAUUGCAUACUUCUUUGAGUAAUAUGGAAGAACUUUACAAUAGAGAUGACGAGAGCGUGUUGAAGAGUGUGGACAUCGAACUCAUUUUCGAUAAUAUCGAAGACACGGUCAAACCUCCAUCAAUUUCACUGGUUGAAUUCAAUAUUGUGGCUUGGUCAUAUAGAACGGAUUAUCCUAUCCCUGUUUCGUUCGAGCAUGACUUCUUCUACACCAAACCUUUUGAUCCUACUGUGAUCGUUAGAGACGAUGAUGUCGAUACAACGAAAAAUAAUCUUCAGGAGUUGAAGGACACUGUCAACCAGCACAUUUCUUUCUUGAAGGAAACUAAAACGUACAUUUCGCAGAACACGUAUUCCUAUUUGAAAGGUAUUAGCCAGUUGGGAAUCAAGAAAGACACCAUUAAAGACUACUUUCAGUCAUUAUCGCUACAAUCCAACCCAUGGUUAGAAAGCGAAGGAUCUUGGGAAGCACAUCAGCUUAGCACCAAAAACUUAAGAUGGGUGAAAAGGUUAAACGUUCCUUUGAACGUGAUCAACAAGAACAAUGUGACUUUGGAUCCAAGUUUCCAGAGCUGUUUAGUGGGCCGCCUUUAUGCACUACAAGUGGUCGUGAAGUUCAAAGGAGCAGAAGAUCCAGCGAAUAUGGUGAAAGUAGAUGUUCCUGUUUUGGUAGGCUGA